CGUUUUAUUACCAUCUUUUGCUGCACUGAAAUCAAUUGCAUAUGCCAUGAGUUCUUUGUUCUUUUGAAGUGGAGUUUCAAGGGCCCAAGGCUUUUCUAUUCUUUAAGCACUCAAAUUACUGUCUUAUUGUGUUUUAGGUAAUCUUUUCAGUUGGAGUUCAAGAAUGGCAACAAAGUACAUUGUUGGUUCAGUGUUGGCAUCAUUUGCAGUUGCAUAUGUUUGUGAUGUUAUUAUUGCAGACAAGAAGGUGUUUGGAGGUACCACUCCACAUACCGUUGCAAACAACGAAUGGUGGAAAGAGACUGACAAAAAAUUUCAGGCAUGGCCUCGCACUGCUGGUCCCCCAGUGGUCAUGAACCCUAUAAGCCGCCAAAAUUACAUUGUCAAGUCUUGAUUUAGAUGUUUGGUCUCAAGUUUCCUUUCGAGUAGUUGUGUGGUAGUUCGAUUGUAAUAAACGUUUGUUUCUGCUUGUGCAACUACGGGUGUUAUGUCUUGUAUCAGUGAAUUGACUAUGAAACUUGAAAGGAUACAUGAUCAAAUGGAUAAA